CGGAAAAACGAUAUAUAUGCCGUACUGACUUCAACCAAUAUGGUCGGUGCAUUUCAUUGGAGCCUAUAUCUUGUGGUGGCAACCAAUAAUCUCCAGGACUCUUCAACGGGCUACAAAUUCCACGCCACCAACAAGAUCGGCACCGCGCCAUGGCAGUAUGAAUGCGUACUUUGGGUGAAUCCCCAGUCCGAGGACAGCAUGCCAGUCACUUUUACCAAGAUCGGGCGGAUCCCAGACGAUUGGGACUACUCAUACCUCGAUUAUUUCUUGAGCAGCAUACCCAUGAGCACCCCGGAUACUGACCGUGCCAGGGAACCCAGAUUUACUUGCCGAGUCUGGUUCAGAGAAGCCGUUCGCACGUUGCACGCUGCAGAGAUGUUCGUAAAGUGCGCCGACGUUGAUGCGCUCGAGAGAGACCUUGUGAUCAAGGCGACGGCUGCUGAGUACAUGCGUCGCUCAAUUCCCCUUCCUCGUUUUCUGACUACAAAUGCGGUGGAUGUUGAGGGGUGGCUCUGA